AUGGUCUGCCUGGGCACCAAUGGGCAGAAGAGUGCAACCAAGGAGGAGCUCAAGGCGUUCUUCGUAGAAAAGUACAAACAGAUCUUCACCGUCCUGCUCACUCGAUUUGCCGAUCUUGAGUCCUCCCAGAAGAAGGGUGCGUACACUUCCUCUGCCAUGCCUGCUACUUUGUACCUUGGCACCACCCUAUUCACGCACGAACCUGUGGCGCUGUCGCUGUUCCUGGUGUGGAUCAGGUCGGAGGUGACCACGGAGGCCAUGUGGCAGGACUUCAACGCCAAGCUGGCGACGCUGGUCAACUGGAAGGCCACGCUCACGCAGUGGGAGGAGAAGGUGCUCCAGCUGACCUACAUCCUGAUCGAGAACACCUACCCCAAGCCCAUGGUGCCCGAGCCCAAGAAGAAGAAGGGCAACGUCGCCAAGGAGUCCGAGGACAACAAGGAGAAGGAGCCCAAGGCCACCACCGGCGGUGGCGACGAUAAGAAGAGGCAGCCGAGGGAUGCGCGCCUCACGUCCAUGACGUGGAACCAGCUGAAGAUCCAGACCAUGUGGGACAUCACCCUGCACAUUCUGGGCAAUCUGUGCGACAUCAAGGACCCGCCCAAUUUUUCCACCGCUAUUAGCUGCGUCAGCCAGGUGGUCGACCUCAUGUGCGAAGCCGAGGACAGGCUGGAGAUCACCGCCAAGGCGCCCAUUCCCCUGCAGCAGAUCUUUCUCCCCUGGAUUCUCAAAGCCGUCAAGGCCACUCACAAGCCGCUCAAGGAAAAAGUGCUCGAGCUGCCGGCCAACGUCGUCCACAAGGUCUUCCGCGCCCUCGAGUUCAGUCUCCUCGGCGAUGAGGUAAUGAGCGCCCCCCUGGCUUUGCCACCAUUACCAACACAUUCCACACACGUGGAACGUGUGGGCGUUGUAGGUGGAUUGCAUUAG